UACACAAAACGAUACAAUCCGAAACAAUUAGUAAGAGAAAAAAACAAGCGCGAUUGCACAAAGUUUAAGCAAACCAUCAUCAUUAUUAUCAGGCAAAUGGGUUAUAUUCUGAUACCGGUCUGAUGGAUCAUCAUUGAAAUUUUUCCAUUUUUCGUGUUUUCAGGGAUAUUCCUUGAUAGAACAGGUUUCAGAAUAUAAAAACCGUUGCAACUUGUCCAUCAUUCUUUCUUUCUUUCCCACACACAUACACAUUUCACACAUUUAUUGUGUUUGAAAUCGACACACAUCAAAACCAAAGAAACACACCAUUGUGUGUUAGCGAAACACAAACCAGAUCAACUUUGAAGUUUCUUUUUUUUAUCCUGUUUUGAACAAAAACAAACAUCAAAUUUCAUUAUUUUAAACAUCUUUCUUUUUUCUAAAUUCUGGUGGUUACCUGUUUCACUUUGUUUUGUGAAAUUUGUUAAAUAUUUUGAUGAUAAAAAAAAAUGUUUGCAACAACAAAUUCGUGGUUUGUCGCCCUGAAUCAUCAUCAUCAACAACAUUUUAAUAAUUUUUUAUUGAAAAAAUUUUCAUUAUUCAUUAUGAUGUUGGUCAUUUUCGUAUUGAUUGGUCCGAUAUUUGGUCAACAACAAUCACCAACAACGACAACAGCAUCGACAACGAUAUCAAAACAAGAAUUACCGACAAUGAUGAAAUUAUCGAAACGUUCAUUACAACCAUUUGGUGGAUCAUCAUCAUCAUCAUCAUAUCGUUGUUUAUCGAUUUGUCGUCGUAAUGAAGAAAAUCUUUGUAAACGUUGCCUAUUUCGUGAACCAAUGCGUUUUGGUAAACGUAGUUUAUCAUCAUCAUCAACAUCACAAUCAUCAUCAUUAUCAUUUCGUGAACCAAUGCGUUUUGGUAAAAAACGUUUAGCCAAUCAAUUUAGACAACCAAUGCGUUUUGGUAAAAAAUCAUUAUCAAAUGGUAAUUUUCGUGAAAUGAUGCGUUUUGGUCGUCAAAGUAAUACGCAAAAAUUUAAUAAAAAUGAUAAUUUAGAUAAUGAUAAUGAUGAUAAAAUGAUUCAAAUCAUUGAUGAUGAUCAAUUAAAUCAGAUAAAAUCAAUAAUAAUGAAAAUGAUGAUU